AUGCACAGCGCUAUCUUAUCUACCCCUUCGACUGCCUCUUCAACAUCCUCCAAAGUUUCUCCAGCUUUUGAUGAAAUCCUUCAAAUUCCAGUGGUCAAGACCGGAAAAUCUACAAAUACUAUGCCUUCUCUACCUAAAGCUAUCACCGGUGAAAAAUUUCGAGAAAUUCUUAUUGAGAGACAGAAAAGAAAAGAUGAUGAACAAAAAGCAAAAGAGGCCAGAAAGAAACAGAGAGAGGAAAAGAAGAAAGCUAAGGAGGACGAAAAACUCAGGAAACAGAAGGAACGAGAAGAGAAAAAACUGUUACGAAAACAAAAACAAAAAAGAAGUAGCAAAAAGGUGGCAAAAACCGAGGGAAUGGUGAAAUUUCAGAGAGUGACUUUGUUCUACCGAUUUUAUGACUCUUUGUCCUGUGACUUUCCGUCCCGUCUACCGUAUUAUUAG